AUGAGAGAGAAGAACGUGCUCAGCAUAGACAUCGGAAUCCGAUACCUCGCGUACUGCCUGAUGGGACCAGAGACGAAGGAGGUCAAAGCGUUUGGAAUUCUGGACAUAGGGGAGGAGGGCGUCACCCACAACAGGAUCGAUUCGGGUACCGUCGCGAGGCUGAAGAGAGCGUUCGAUGGACUGCUCGAGAAAAUCGAAGAACCGAGCAUAGUGAUUGUAGAGAAUCAACCACCUAUAGCGAAGCUCAUGCGAGUGAUCCAAGGCAUGACCGAGAUGUACUUUGUCUGCAGAGAGGGCGUCGAUAGGGUCGUCGUGUUCGACGGACGAAAGAAGAUAGUAGGGGCCAGAACGAAGGGGCUCUCCGGCAGAGCGAACUAUGCACAGCGUAAGAAGGCAGCCGUGGAAGAGACCAAGGGAGCGGGUGCCAAGACCUCGUCCAAGAGCAAGCCCAGGAAGACCGCAACCAAGAGCCGGACCAAGAGAAAGUCGUCGUGGGGAAAGAAGGGCUCGAGGAGCGUGACCGUCUUCACUCCUUUGAAGAUGAGCGGGAAAUCCGUGGGGGGUUGCGAAUUUCCUCAGGGGCCGGCACUGACCCUGGAUGAUGCGAUGGCUCGUGAGUACACAAAGUAUGCUCGCCAGAUGUAUGUGGUGAUGGCGAAGUUCCGCAAUCUCGAUAGGUGUCUCAUCUUGAAGCAUGGGCCGACUUAUACGGGCGCUAAUCUGAACCGUUCGGAGGCCGAAGCUCUAGCGGACCUGCGUCUCAAAGCCAAAGAUAUCCAGCACCAGUACCAGCAGUCUUGCGCGAGAAAGAACUUCCAGUUCAGAUGGAAUACAAAGACCGACUUCAACCGUCAGGCCCUGGUAGACAAGGAUAAAAAUGAAUUCGCACAGCUCGAGGCCUCGUACGGUGUCGGAGCGAUGGACAACAAACUGGCAGGGGUGGGUAGUAAGUUCGACCCAAGUGGCUGGGCCUGUGCUGCUUUCUCUAGAGCGUCGCCUUUUGCUGACAUGGCCUACGAUGAGGGGUUCGACGGAGACUACGGUGACGACUACGGAGCAGAUGAGGGCUUCUACGGUGACGUCUACUGA